AUGUCUCGAGUCCUCAUCUUGCUCAUUCUCGUGAUGUCCUGCCUUACCACGGCACAACUUACAACUUCCUCCUCCAUCACGACCCCGCCUGUGCCUUUCCCAUCGCCGAUCCAAAAUGCAGAGGACACCAACACUAUUGAAGACGCACAGGACCCUUAUGAUGAGCAAAAUAUGACAGAGUCCCUCCAAUGGGGAUUACUUGAUCUCGAAUAUGAACCUGGCAUCAGGGAGUGGAGAUCUACUAAUUAUUCUUCGUCAGCGCAGUACAUGGUUGUCACAACGCAGGGCGUGGAUGGGAAAGUGGGGAAGGUUUAUGAUAUUCAAAGUUGGAAGGGGAGUGCAAGGGACGAUUGGUUUUCUGUGGCAUUCCAUCUCAGUACGGAAGUUGCUGUAUCAGCAGCACAAGCCCGCAACGGGACAUUACUUGACCUGGCGAAAAUAGAUGGCGAUAAGGCAUAUAAAGACAUGAUGGCACAAAUACAACAAGACCGGAAAGGCAACCGAUCAGAAUACCAUGCCCGUCCCCUCGCGGACGAAGGCCUUAUCGCCGUGUCCAACUAUCUCAACCGUCUCUACAAGUACUUGCGCCGAGGACCGCCUCCACCACAACCGAUAACAGACCCCUACCCAAUCUUCACUAACAUCAUCUCCACGCUUCACAUGGAAACCGAAAAAGCCCUAGGCGUAAAACUAAACGCCUCAUCACCAAACUCUGACGAACCGAGAAUUGUCACCCAGCUCUCCGCGCCGUGGAACUUUAACCACACCUACACUUUAUCCUUGAAACGCGCGCUGGACGACCUAGGCUUUCUUGCCGGGUACAGGCACUUCCACAGGCUAGAUGUAAGACCGGAUAUAGAGUGGACCGACCAUGCAAAUGACGAGUGGUACUGGGGUGGUGAGAAUGGGACGAGGAUGGCGUUUCAAUAUGCAAGGGAAGGGGCAGAGAUGACGGAGUAUGACCCCGAGUAUUGGUAUGGGGACUUUGUAUGUGGAACUUCUUUCGUAGAGGAGGAUAUGAGAAUUAGGAUGGAGAUGGAGGCAAAUGGGACGUGGCUUGAACCACCGCCUAUGCCGACGCCGAAUAUUUUGAACUGGGAGUUUUCCAUGAAGUGUAUUCCGCAGAUGGGCGAGUGA